CGGAGCCCGGAAAUUACGCCCUCCCGAGACUCUCUACAAAUUACUCGGUCUAUGAAUGUGCCCGGUCCCUCUGGGCUGCGCAACUUCCGUCCGGCGGACCUAAGCCGACUCUACAGUGUCUUCAGCGGAGGGGAGUUCUGCUGCUGCCGCCGCCGCCGCCGGAACAAGGGCGCCUAAGUUUCCAGCCACGAACUUCGGACUCAAGGAGAAACGCGCCCCCCCCCGUCUCUGAAAGGGUCUCAACGUCGAAGGCGGGCUAGACGCCGCUGAUUGGCUGCGCGCCCUGCCCUGCCCGUUGAUUGGCCCGUAGUGGUUUCCGUUGGGCGUUGAGGGGAAGAGGCUGAACUGGCGGAAUGGCGGCGGCCGUGCGGAGCGUACCGUGGGUGAUGGGGCUGGCGGGGCGAGCGGUUGUUCGUUGCCCGGGACCUCCGUGGCGGACUUCUCAGCUGCUUUGCACAAUGACACAAAAGAAAAACACUGGACCAAACUUGGAAGAGGAAGCAAAUCCAAACAAUACAGAACAAAAGCCUGACUCUGAUUCUGCUACAAAGAUACUCAUGGAAGAAAAGACCAAACUGGAACAACAGUUAAAUGAACUUACCGACAAGUAUAAACGUGCUCUGGCAGAUGCAGAAAAUCUACGGCAAAGAACUCAGAAACUGGUGGAAGAAACAAAGUUAUACGGAAUUCAGAGUUUCUGCAAGGACUUACUGGAAGUUGCUGAUGUUCUGGAGAAGGCAACUGAAUCUGUUCCAAAAGAGGAACUCAAUGAUGAAAAUCCUCAUCUGAAAAACCUUUAUGAAGGUCUUGCCAUGACAGAAGCUCAAAUACAGAAAGUUUUCAAAAAACAUGGCUUGAUCAAACUGAAUCCUCUUGGAGCUAAAUUUGAUCCCUAUGAACAUGAAGCUUUGUUCCAUGUUCCUGCAGAAGGAAAAGAGCCUGGCACUGUUGCUUUAGUAACUAAAGUUGGCUAUAAAUUGCAUGGUCGCACUUUAAGGCCUGCAUUGGUAGGUGUUGUGAAAGAGCCUUAGUAGUCUGAUCUAAAAGAAUCAAAGUAAUAUACAACUGUUAGAUACCUGAGUUAUGCUGCGCCAAAUAUAGUUAUGUGGGAGGCUAACUAAAUGAUGGAUGCAGCAGCAAAGCGAAUGAAUGUUAAAAACAUGUUUUUUUAAAUGAAUGCAGAUAAAGUGGAGAGAUUGCAAAGUAAGUAGUAUAUAUUAUGAGCAAAAGUCCUGUGUAACUUGUGAUUACUAUUAUAAAUCACAUCAAAGACACCCUACAUUGUAAUGUAUUUUUAUCAAAACACUAUAAAUUGUUAUCCAGAAUGAAAACCUUUGAACUUUCAGGAUCAUGUUACAUUUCUCAACAGCUGUGUUUUUUGCUUGUUUAUAAAUACAGGGUGGAGAACAUUAGCACAGCAUCUAUUUAGUUGCUUUGUUCCUAGAGAAGGCACUCUGCAACACUGAAACAAGUACUGAGUGUAAGCAUUGUGGAUAUUUUCCAUAAUUAGCUUAUUAAAUAACUACACAAUUUUGAAAUGCAAAUACAAUACAUUCUGAGAUAAUUUCAAAGGAAUUAGAUGCAUUAAGCACCUAUUUGCAGAUAUCCAGAUCAUAUAGUAAAGACACCACAAACAUGAUUCACCUUCCUUAAAAAUUUGUAUAUGUGCUUUUACCCAAGUCUUCUGGUAGAAGAGGAGUGGGAAGGCUAGGAUCUGUAUCCCUCAAAUGCAAAACAACGCAAUUUCCCUCUGCAAUGUAUUCUUAGUACAUGGGGAACUUAGUAGACAGAAUGCAUUUGUACUUUUCUGCAAAUGACCAGAAGAAAUUUUUAACUACAUUUGUGGAGGACGAGAUGGUUGAACAGUGUCACCAAAACUAUCAACAUGAAUUUGACCCAACUCCAGGAGGCAGUGGAAGAGAGGAAGCCUGGCAUGCUCUGGUCCAUGGGGGUCACGAAGAAUUGGUCACGACUAAACAACAACUAGUUAACGCUGUAGUACUGUUAAUAAGCCACACCUCAGUUCAACUGUUGCUUAUAAAAGAAUUUAUUUUCAUUA